CUGGCGUUCUCCUAGGACAGCCCUGUGUGAGGCCCCCGCCAGGCCUUACGCACAGCACCGCCCCCCUGGCGCCUCCAAUAUCCAAAAUGGCGGCGCUGUGGUUGUCCCGGUGAUUGGAUACUGUGGGGUUAGGAUGCUGAAGAGUACCGGCUAUUUCCGGGCGAUCGAGUGUCCGUUCAGAGAGGGCUGCCGGCGGCCUCACUGUCACUUUAGACAUCGAGGGCGAGGGCUCGGGAGUGCUGGGAGCGGAGGGGCCCGGAGCGGAGCGGAGUAUGAUCCCUGUAGUCCUGAUCUCCCAACUGUACCACCCUGCUUGGACGAUGGCAUCUUGGAGGUUGCUCUUGAUCCCAGCCAAGAUAUACUGGAACUGGAGAGAGUCAACAAAGCCAUUGAGGAAGCCAAGAAUGAGGUGGAGAGAGAGCAGAGGAAAUAUGAGAAACUACUUGGGACACAGAAUGACCACACCGUUACUCUAAAAAAAUCUUCACAAUCUGACUUUUCUCCUCUAGAGUAUGAUCCAGGUGGCUCUGGAACUAGUAGUUCAUGUUAUAACCCAACUCCACUAACUCAGUCAGUAAAGCAAUGUAAAUAUACGUUAGAUGAUUUAGAAGAUAAAAAAAGUAAAAGCAGGUUUUUGGAAUAUGUUCCAAAAGUAGUGACUUCAGUUUCUAAGUACAAGACCAACAAAUAUGUUAUUGAUAACUCCAAACCUCACACAGAUAUGGAGUAUGAUCCAAUGUCAAACUAUUCCGCUAGACAUUUAAGUAAGGCUAAACACCAAAAGGGUAAUAAAAGAGGUAGAACAAAUAGCCAGGAUGAAGGGUACGCUAUUUCAUCUAAGAAGUCAUGCUACCAGACUACAGAGAUGCCAGUAGAGGCCAAGUUUUCUGACUCUGAAGAGGAUUUAGAAUCGCAGUAUUCACAAAGUGCAAGCAAGCCUCUUCAUUCUGGGACAAAGCAGAGUGUUUCAUUAACUGAUAAAUCCUCCAAGUCUGGCACUACAGAUGAGUGUACAGUAAAAGAGAUUGCAGUACAGUAUGACAUGGGUGAUAUUGGGCAAACCAUAAAGAGCCACAGUAAAGAUCUUAAAAAAAAAUCGCUGAAAAAUAUAAACCCAAAGUAUGAUAAGAAGGAUUUAGUAAAAAAGCCAUCUGGAAAUGUAGACUCUGGCAAAAGCAAAGGCCUCUGUAAAGAGGGAACCAAAGAGAAACACAAGAGUAUUGUUAAAAAGAAACCUGGAAAUGUCAAUGUUAAAAAUAGGGAAAACAAAUUGGGGGAUCAUAAGAAGACAAAAACAGAGAGCAGACCACACGAAAAGAAUGGAAGUGAAAAACUGAAUAAAGAAACUUCGUCUGGGAAAACAUUAGUAGUAGCCAAGUGUAACAAGAAAAACCGUGAGGUUAAAGGCAAGGAUAAAACUUGUACUAAUGUUAAGAAAGACCCAAGGGGUAAAGUAGGUGAUGUUAAUGGAAUACAUAAAGUCAAAAAGUCUAAAUCUUUGGUAAAGUCCAAGGAGCCUGUCCAAGGAAUUGUCAAGGCUAAAACAAAACAGAGAACUCUAAGUCAUGUGGAUUUGUUUGGUGAUGAGAGCAGCGAAGAGGAUGAAAACCAAAAAAAUAAUCCACUAAAUCGUAACUCAAAUUCUGUCAAAGGUGAAAAAAGCGCACACAGUAGUAAGGUGACCUCCCGUAGGACUUCGGCUUCCUCUGUAGAUUCCUCUGAGAUAGAUUAUGGCAGCCUUGAAAAAAAUUUGGAUUCUGAUUCCGAUCAAGACCCUUUGGAGGAGUGUUUGAGAGUUUUUAAUGAGUCAAAAGAUGUUAAGACUGAAGACAAAGGCAGAAUGGGAAAGCAGUUGAAUGAGGACAGUGAUGAGAAAUCUGAACUAGGUUUGACUACAUUAAUUCCUGGUCAGAAGAGGAGGAUUUCUCAUGUCACCAGUACUGAUUCCACCAGUAAACCUGUAAUCCGUCCAUAUCGUCGACCUACACCCCAGGAGAUAUGUUAUCAGAGAAUACAGCAGGCACAGGAACAAGCUACACAACUCCUGGAACAGCAGCAGCAGGCAAUUAAGCUCACUAGAAAUGUCCAGAAGUCCUCUCCUAACUUGACCGUAGAAAAGAAGAGAAUUGCUCAUAUGCCCGGAUCUUCCUCUUAUCUCUCGCUCUCAUCAGAGGCGAAGAAUCCAAAGUCCGGUGGUAGUACUGCAACAUGCAAUGGCUCAUCCCUUUCUCUAAAAUUGCGGACACUGUCUGGUAUGACAUCAAAAACAACUUCUGCGACUGUGCAUAAACGACGGGCACAUGUCCCGUCUCUGCAGAGUGCUGCUUUGAAGAGGCCGGUCAUCCCCAAUGAAUUUGGUGCAAAAGUGCCAACUACAGUUAGGCAACGUUACCUGAACCUCUUUAUUGAUGAAUGCUUGAAAUUUUGUCUGUCACAACAGGAAGCGUUUGAUAAAGCUCUUGAAGAGGAAAAAGUGGUCUACAGCCGUAGCAGCAGUCGUAAUAUUUAUCUAAAUGUGGCAGUCAACACACUGAAGAAACUUAGGAGCCAAGGAUCGGAGGAAAAAACAGUAUCUCCAAAAAUCCUAAACAAGAAAGCAGUGUCCCAUGAGUCUGUCCUUGGAGGAAAGUUGGCAGCAAAAACCAGUUUCUCUGUGCAGCGCAGUGUUCACCGGGAGGAGGAGUUGACAGAUGCAAGUUUAUACAGAAAGCUGAAGGAGUAUGUCCUGUCUCCUGAGCAACUAAAGGAACAUGGCUACCCACUGGCACAUCCUGAUAAGCCUGGCAGGGCAGUGGUUUUUACUACAGAGGAAAAGAAAAGUUUAGACUCCCCCUGCAGAAUAUGCUGCCGCUGUGGAGCUGAAUACUUAGUCACGCCAAGUGGAAACUGUGUGCGCCGAGAGGAAUGUAUUCAUCAUUGGGGUCGACUCCGCAGGCAGAGAGCACCGGGCGGUUGGGAGACUCAUUACAAUUGCUGUUCUGGUGCUGUUGGGUCAACAGGAUGCCAAGUAGCUAAGCAACAUGUACAGGAUGGUCGCAAAGAAAAUCUGGAUGGUUUUGUGAAGACAUUUGAGAAGUUGGAAACAUCUAAUGAAAAUCCUGGAGUGUAUGCUUUGGAUUGUGAAAUGUGUUACACUACAAAAGGGCUGGAGCUCACACGAGUUACUGUUAUAAACUCUCAGCUUAAGGUGGUCUAUGACACUUUUGUACAACCAGACAACAAGAUUGUGGACUACAACACCAGGUUUUCUGGUGUGACAGAAGAGGAUCUUCAAAACACUAGUAUCACUCUGCGUGAUGUUCAAGCUGUCUUACUGUGUAUGUUCAGCUGUGAUACUAUAUUAAUAGGACAUAGCUUGGAAAGUGACCUUUACGCAUUAAAGCUAAUUCAUCCCACAGUGGUGGAUACAGCUGUUGUCUUCCCACACCGCUUGGGACUGCCAUACAAGCGUGCCCUUCGUUCAUUAAUGGCGGACCACCUUAAACGUAUUAUUCAAGAUAGUGUGGAGGGACAUGACUCCAGUGAAGAUGCUUGCUCUUGCAUGGAACUGAUGAUUUGGCGUAUAAAGGAAGAUGCUAAGGUGAAACGGUGACAUGCAGCAAAGAUAUCGCAGCAUCACAUAAACUGCCAACAGACUGACAAGUGAAAAUGCCAUUUUUAACUGGUUACAGUUAUUUGGUACCUACUUGAAUCCUCACAGAAAUGGAGGCAUCAGACCAGGAUAGAAUGUUUUGUUGAAGAUGAAGAACAUUAGGCUGUUUUUGAAGAGUGGGAAAGUAUUUUGGUAUAUAGCUUGUUUUUUUGUUCUCUUUUUCCCGAUUGAAAAUGGCAAAGCAACAGAUUAAAAGAAUGCAAACAUAUGUUUACCAAAUUUUUCCUUGAGGCACCUCCUGAGUGGGUAAUGUUGUGCUCCCCCUCUCAGAAAUGUUUGCAGAAUUGUAAUAGGUCAACAAAACAAUGACACAAAUGUGUUCUGAAAGUUGACCAACAUAAACUCAAUGUUAUUCUAAAUAUGCAGCUUUACAAAAGUAAGUCAAUAAAACAAUGUUGUGGAAUAUUUCCUCUCGCAAGGCUUAUGAGGAGACAUUCGGCCAUAAACCUUCCAGUAAAUUCUAUGUAAUACUGAGAAUCAACGAGGGUUUUUGUUUUUGCAGAGUACAGAAGUCCUUUUUCUAUUUUAAAUAACUAAUUUAUUUGUAUGUGUCCAUUUUAUAGGUUUCCUUUAUUAAUACACAGUUUAUUAGUAUAAUCUUCCCCUCUUCAUUAUGGAUCAGGGCAACAAAAGCUAACAUAUUAGUUUUUUACUUAAUUUCUUCCCCCUCAUUGCAUGCCUCACAAAUCUUAUUAAUAUAAAUCUUUUGUGCCUAAGAAAAGGUGUAGCUGUGACCAUCUCUAAAAUAUUUAGAGGUGUAAAAUGUUGCACAUAGACUCAAAUGAAGGCAAGCUAAGACAGGACUGGAACCUCCUAUGGAGUAGAAGGGCAAUAAAAAAAAGUCUUACUGUGGAGUAUGCAUUAUCACAAAAUGAGUGAUAACGGGCUUGUAAAAAGAAAUACAUAUAUUUUUUUUUAAACAAACAGAAGUCCAGUUGAGGAACAAAUAUAAAAAUCUUUUUUUGAAGCCUUUUUUUUUUUUUUUUUUUUUUGUGCAAAAUGUAUAUUACUUGUGUUUUAUGUAUUUGUCCUUAACUUGAGGUAUUUUUUAUUUUUCAUGAGCACAUUACAUUUAUUUGUACAGGGUUUAAUUUUUUUUUUUUUUAUAUUUCCCAAUGUGUAUUUAUUUUGUCCCUGGCAACUUCAAGCAAAGUGAUACCUGUAACUAAUUACAAUGUGGAUCUCUGAGCAGGAAGGAUGUCCCUCUACUUUUGUAUUUUCCCUGUCUGAUCCUACCCUCCAUCAAGGAGUAUCCCCACAACAGGCCACACUUGAAAUGUACACUGCUCUAUUCAUUUCCUUUUGUUAUUGUACAGCAUUUUAUUUACUUACAUUUUUUGUAUAAAAAAAAAUUUUUUUGG